AUGGACGUUUUCGAGAUUGAAUCAAAAAUUUUGAAAUGUGUAUUACCUCAAAUAGAACUAAUUGUAGGAAAAAAAAUUGGCCCUAAAUAUUUUUAUGAAUCAAAAGAACAUUCAGAAAUAUUUAUGGAAGAUUUAUCGAAAUUUGGAUUCAAAACUAAAAAUCGAAUAUUAGGUUUUACAAAAGAUCAUAUGCUUAUGGCAAUUGAAACACUUGCUAAAUAUCAUGCUGGAUCUAUUGCUUUAGAUGAAAAGCAACCUGGAUCUCUUCAUCGAUAUCGUCAAAGUCUGUUAGGUGAAUAUACGCAUCCGAAUUUUUUGAACAUGAUAAAAUAUAGUCUUGAGUAUCUUGGAAAUGCAAUGCAUAAUUGGUCAGAUGAAAAAUGUCGUAAAAUAGCUCCAAAAAUUGAAAAAUUGUCCAAAAGUGUAAUAGAGAAUCUUAAAAAUAACAUUAAUUAUGCAAAAGAUGAAUUUUGUGUUCUAAAUCAUGGGGAUUGUUGGAUCAGCAAUAUUAUGUUUCUUGAAAAUGACUUGAAUGAGCCCCUGGAAGUUCGUUUAGUUGAUUACCAAGUCCCUGUUUGGACAUCUCCAGCAUUAGAUUUACAGUAUUUUUUGAGCAUUUGUCCUGAAUUUAAUAUCAAAUACAUAUUCGAUGACUUUUUUAUAGAAAAAUAUUUACAUACACUGAAAGAAACAAUGGAAAAAAUUGGUUCUAAAAGGAAACCGCCAACUUUUUAUGAACUUAAAUUGUCAAUGAUGAAACGACGAUCUUUAGCUUUGGCAGGUGGAUUAGUGUUUUAUCCAAAAAUUAUAGUUGAUACUGACGACAUUGGUACUAUCAAAAAUGUAUUAGACAAUCAAGCGUGGAACACUAAAAUCUACGAUAACCCAAAAAUUAUUGAUAAAUUAGUUAAACUCAUACCUUUAAUAGAUACUCAAGGGUAUUUGGAUUAA